GCGGGAAGUUCGUACAGUGCAGAAGGCGACGUGUCUACGGCUCGGGUGAAAAUGCCUCGUGUAAAAGCGGCUCAGGCUGGAAGAUAGGUCUCUGCAAAGAGACGGCUUGCGGAACACUUUGCAGCUGGGGAGAUCAUCACUGACAUGACGAAGAAGGAAUGGAAACUAGGAUCGCCCAUCGGCCAGGGUGGCUUUGGCUGUAUCUAUCUUGCUGAUCUGAAUUCUUCAAAAUCCGUGGGCAGUGACGCACCAUGUGUUGUAGAAGUGGAGCCCAGUGACAACGGACCACUCUUCACUGAACUGAAGUUCUACCAGCGAGCUGCCAAACCAGAGCAAAUUCAGAAGUGGAUUCAUACCCAUAAGCUGAAGUGCCUGGGUGUUCCCAAGUAUUGGGGGUCUGGUCUACAUGAUAAAAACGGAAAGAGUUACAGGUUUAUGAUAAUGGAUCGCUUUGGGAGUGACCUUCAGAAAAUAUAUGAAGCAAAUGCCAAAAGGUUUUCUCGGAAAACCGUCUUGCAGCUGAGCCUAAGAAUUCUGGAUAUUCUGGAGUAUAUUCACGAGCACGAGUAUGUACACGGAGAUAUCAAGGCCUCAAAUCUUCUUCUGAGCCACAAGAAUCCUGACCAGGUAUACUUGGUAGAUUAUGGCCUUGCUUACCGGUAUUGCCCAGAAGGAAUUCAUAAAGAAUACAAAGAAGACCCCAAAAGAUGUCACGACGGCACAAUUGAAUUCACCAGCAUUGACGCGCACAAUGGUGUGGCCCUAUCAAGGCGCGGUGAUUUGGAAAUACUCGGUUACUGCAUGAUCCAGUGGCUUAGUGGCCGUCUUCCUUGGGAGGACAAUUUGAAAGAUCCUAACUAUGUUAGAGAUUCCAAAAUUAGAUACCGAGAAAAUAUUGCAGGUUUGAUGGACAAAUGUUUUCCUGAGAAAAAUAAGCCAGAUGAAAUUGCUAAAUACAUGGAAACAGUGAAAUUAUUGGACUACGCUGAGACCUAUCAGAACUUGAGGGACACUCUUCUGCAAGGACUGAGAGCCAUAGGGAGCAAGGAUGACGGCAAGCUGGACCUCAGCCUCAUGGAGAAUGGAGGCCCGAGAGUAAAAACACAAACAAAGAAGCGAAAGAAAGGGACUGAGAGCACAGAAUUCAGUGUUGAAGAUAUGGAAUGCUCAGACACACAGACAGAAGAGGCCACACAAACCCGUUCAAAAACCAGGAAGAGAGUCCAGAAGUAAAUCAAAUGCUGUCAGCCGAUUUUUCUUUGCUUCCUUUUGUUUGACUUUCUCCUCUUUUUCUGUUUUCAUUGUUAUAUUUUCAUGUGAGUCUUUUAGGGUAGGGCUAACCAUGAAGUUCCUGUGUCUUUGAAAAAUAUGAACUUUUUUAUUAAAUUACUUUGUACAACUUAUUAAAGGUCAAUUUAUAAAGUUUAAGAUCUUCAGGUUAUGUACUCUUAG